AUGAAGCACAUGCCAUUCAGAGAGAUUGCGCAAUUGUGCUGUCGUCUGCAGUCGAGUCAAGGCAACGACACCCGCAUUCAAAGUGCCGUAAUUGAUUCAAUUCGCUCACAGGUGCUGGACGGUAGCACGCUUCCGCUAGUUAUGCAGCGGCUGGUGAAGGACGGAAACUGGAAACUUGCGUUAUGUGUUAUUAAAAGCCAUCACUUAGACAAGGCUGGAAUUAGGCGAGAUCAUAAUAUUUGGCCCAUUAUGGAGCGUGCAGCACCCUGCGAUGAGAGCCGCAGUGCAAUGCGGAAGGCACUCAUAACUUUGUUUGCCUCGACAUGUUGUUUUCACAGGCGGAGCUAA